AUGAAAGUACCAAAGCCAUUGGAAGCGCUCUUCGACACCUUUCCUCUCCAGACGUUCCCCGUCAAGGCUCGUGACUAUCUGGAUAGUCUAGAAAAAUAUCCUUUCCUCAGCACCAAGGACCUGGCGUCCUCCAAUGUACGCUUUCUUCUAGCGGUACAUAACGUCCGAGAAACCGAGCUCCGGCCGGGUUUUUCCAGGUUUUUGGCAACAGACCCUCUCGGGCUCGCCGACGCUUUGAUUUUGUGUCGCCGCCACGACUUGCGCUUGGCCGGAGGUGCAGAAAAGCUGCAGAUGGUGCAAUCCCAGCAUUGCAUGGUCCCGUUAUCGUACCUUGCAUCGCCAGACAACACGCUCCCGAUCUUGGUGGAGACGCAGCGGAACACCACCAAAUGCGUGACCACUUGUGCGAAGAUUUCUGCUGCGGUGGCGGCAAAAUCGUUUGCAACCGGUGCUAUCGACUCUACGGUAAACCACUUCCUUGAUACUUUACAAACGCUCUGGGUAUUCACGCUUCUACACGAGGUGUUUUUCUCCAGCAACGAGGUCUUGGAGCUCGUCUUUGCGGCCUCGCCGACGGAUUACUUGGGCACUGUCCAGCUUAUAGAGAACAUCCAGGGUUGGGGCCACUUCCGCGAGAAAUACGGCAACUUGUAUUCGGACUAUGCUGAUGUGGCCAAGGCGCCGCUCGCUGCUGCCAAACGUUUGCUUUCUGGGCCGCGUCCCACGGUCACCGAUGAGGCAUUCAAGAAGGCGUACGCUGCCGAGAUUGCCGAGUUCUUCAAGACCUUACCUUUGGUUGCCGAACACAUCCGGGGGAAACUGGACUCGGAGGCGAAGGCUGUGCUUGAGAUCAAGCUCGCGGCGUUUUUGGUGUGCUGUGUGAACUUCUUGCCCUCCAGCUCGGUGUUGAGCAGUCUUUUGGUGAAAGACCAUCUGAAGUUGGUCGAGGAGAGCAUUUCCGUGGUGUUGAAGUACUAA